AUGGACGGUCGCGACCGCUCAUCCAGCAAGACAUUGCAGCCCCCAGCCGCCGCCUAUCUGGAACUCAUCUCCUCCUUGGCCUCGCCCAAAUCUUUUCUUUUCCGUCAUCCCCCACGCUCAACGCCCCCGAACCCCAAGCCCACUCCUCCAUCCACCAUGGACAAGCAGCAACCAAGCUCCUUCCAGCAGCUGGAAAAGCUCGGAGAGGGCACCUAUGCCACCGUGUUCAAGGGACGCAAUCGCCAAACCGGCGAGCUAGUCGCGUUGAAGGAAAUCCAUCUGGAUUCCGAGGAGGGAACGCCGUCGACCGCCAUUCGCGAAAUCUCCUUGAUGAAGGAGCUCAAGCACGAGAGCAUUGUCUCGCUGUACGAUGUGAUCCACACCGAAAACAAGCUUAUGCUCGUCUUCGAGUACAUGGACAAGGAUCUGAAGAAGUACAUGGAUACCCGCGGCGACCGCGGCCAGUUGGACCAAGCGACGAUCAAAUCGUUCAUGCAUCAGCUGCUCAAGGGCAUUGCCUUCUGCCACGAGAACCGGGUCCUGCACCGCGAUCUGAAGCCCCAGAACCUCCUCAUCAACAAAAAGGGCCAACUGAAACUUGGAGAUUUCGGUCUGGCUCGUGCCUUCGGCAUCCCCGUUAACACUUUCUCCAAUGAAGUCGUCACCCUGUGGUACCGUGCGCCGGAUGUGCUUCUGGGCAGCCGCACAUAUAAUACAAGCAUUGACAUUUGGUCGGCCGGGUGUAUCAUGGCGGAGCUCUACACCGGUCGUCCUCUAUUCCCUGGUACCACCAACGAAGAUCAGCUUAUGAAGAUCUUCCGUCUUAUGGGAACGCCGUCGGAGCGCUCGUGGCCGGGUAUCUCCCAGCUCCCGGAGUACAAGCCAAACUUCCACGUAUACGCGACACAGGACCUAGGUAUUAUCCUACCUCAGAUCGACCCCCUUGGUCUGGAUCUUUUGAAUCGUAUGCUCCAGCUACGGCCCGAGAUGCGGGUCAGCGCCCAUGAUGCUCUCCAGCACCCCUGGUUCCAUGACCUGCCCCAAUUACAAGCACAACUCCAGCAACAAAUGGCAGCGGCGUAUGGCGGCAUGGUUCCUCCGCAACAGGCAUACUAG